AUGGCUGAGCCUUCCUCCCUCGCUGUCUCCAGUCUUUUCCUCCCUCAACGCGGGACGUGGGAUUCGCAAAUAUCCUUCUUCUGUGAGGGUCAACUAGAGGGAAAGUUUGGCACAGGAAUCCUGUCCUAUUUCUCCUUCCUGCGGUUCCUGGUCUUGCUCAACUUCAUCAUCUUCCUGCUCAUGUUCGGCUUAAUCAUUCUUCCUAUCAUUAUCGUAUCCCACAGUUCAGCCAACAUGACAUUUGUCCAACAGUAUGGAAGUGAGUGCACUGAUUACCCCAGCAGCGUGCGUCGGGGGCUGGUGCUCUUCCAUCAGUACAUCAUUGACCUGCUCUCAGGGACGGGUUUCCUGGAGCAGACCUACCUCUUCUAUGGCUACUACAACGUGGACCUUGUGCGGUUCUCCAGGUUCACAUAUAACGUUCCACUGGCCUACCUGCUUGCAACCUUUGCUUACCUCUUUCUCAGCCUUGUAUGGAUUGUAAAAAGGUCAGUGGCAGGUUUCAAACAGAACCUGGUUCAGGAUGAGGAUCGCUUCCAGAGCUUCUGUAAUAAGAUUUUUUCUGGCUGGGACUUCUGCAUCACAGAUGAGAAUGCAGCAAAACUGAAGCGCAGCAGUCUUCUGUAUGAACUCAGGACGGACCUGGAGGAGGAGAGAAUCAAGCAGAAGAUCGCAGACCGCACAUUCAAGGAGAGGUGCCGCAUCUACCUUAUCAGGCUGGUUCUUAACCUGUUCGUUGUGACCAUUUUGGCCGGCUGCUUCUACUGCAUCUACAGAGCUACCAUCUACUCACAGGAGAGGCAGACUCUGAAGCUUCAGACAAACUUCAUUCUGGACCUAAUUGUAGAAUACCUCCCCUCCAUUGUCAUCACCCUGGGCAACUUCAUCACCCCACUGAUGUUUGAUGUCAUCAUCCAGUUUGAGGACUACUCCCCCGCCUUUGAGAUCCGAUUCACCUUGAUGAGGUGUGUAUUCAUGCGACUGGCCAGUAUCGGGGUGCUGCUGUUCUCCCUGUGGUCUCAGAUCACGCACUGUGAGACAGAUGACACAGUGCCCUGUCCCUGUGGCUACAACCACCAGCUGUAUCCAUGCUGGGAGUCCCGUGUGGGCCAAGAGAUGUACAAGCUCAUGAUCUUCGACUUCAUCAUCAUUAGUGCGGUCACUGUGUUUGUGGAGUUUCCCCGGAAGCUGAUCGUGACUCACUGUGACUGCGGGCUGGCAAAGUGGUGGGGCCAGCAGGAGUUUGCCAUCCCGCAAAACGUUCUGGAGAUCGUGUACGGCCAGACCAUAUGCUGGAUCGGCACCUUCUACUCCCCCCUUCUCCCUGCUAUCAGCACCAUCAAAUACUUCAUCAUCUUCUAUAUCAAGAAGGUCACUCUGAUGAAGAAUUGCCGCCCAGCCACUCGCCCCUUCCGGGCCUCGAGCUCCAACUUCUUCUUCCUGGCGGUGCUGCUGAUUGGCCUGGCAAUGGCCUGUGUGCCCGUGGGUGUGAGCAUUGCACAGAUCAGCAGCUCGAAGGCGUGCGGACCCUUCGUCAAUUACACUACUUCCUGGCAGGUGUUGCCACAGGUGGUGUCUGAGCUGCCCACUGGCUUGAGUGAAUUCCUGUACGCGAUCUCCUCGGAGGCCUUCGCCGUCUCCUUCUUUGUAGUCACAUGCCUGGCCAUGUUCUACUUCAUCGCCCUGGCUGGAGCUCACAAGCGAGUAGUGAAUCAGCUGAGAGAGCAGCUGGCGAUGGAGGGGCGAGACAAGCGGUUCCUGAUCCAGAAGCUAUGCCAGGCCCAGAAGAGGUUGGCAAGCAGGCAGCCCAGAGCAGCCCCGCUCAGUUCAGGUUCCAGUGUGGCUCAGUAUCAGUACAGCUCCCAGAACAGAAACAACUCGGGAGUGCUCCUGGAACAGCCUCCAGCCACUUCUGCCACGCACGCCUGAGGCUGGGACACACACAGACUGGUACAGUGUAGGCAGGGGAGGCCUGGAGCUCAGCACAGCCGUGGGCACAGCCCCCUUAAAGAGAAUCACAGUUCAUACAUGGAGUACGAAAACAUCCCCUAAUGUCACUCGACAGAUUGAUUGUCCUGUUGGUUGGAUCACGAGUGAUGUUUUUUUUUUUACAUUUGGUUCGUAUUCAGAAUCAUUUCAUUAAGAAAAAGUGAAUUGCUGCUUAUCCUAUUCAGGUAUUAUGAAGUCAACAUCUCAGGAGUAUGAGUGGGGCUCACCUUAGUGCAGUAACUGGAAAUUGUGACAGUGGUAACAGUUCUCUUUACUAGUUAUUACAGUGGAUUACAAAGGAGGUUCUAAUGUCCACAGCUGGACAAAUGGCUCCUCUAUUGCUUUUCUGAAAGGGUAUUAAAGUCAAAUUGGCCGCUAGCCAGCCUGGUCCUUUUUAACCAAACAGAACCGGCCAACUUAACUUUGCUAACUCCUCCUGCCUUCCUGCCUCGCUCAGAAUGGAAAUUAUAAACAGAACUGACACUGUGCCCAGCCUGGUUGCCUGUUACUUCCAGCUAUGGUUGCAGAUUUCUUCAGAAAAUGCAGGGCUACCUGUUUUUUUUUCAUUCCUUGUUAAAUAGUUUUAACAGUUUUUGUUAUUUUGUAACUAGUUUGUGGAUAACAUUUGUUUGUUUUAUUUUGUUUUCAUUGAACCACUGUUAAAACUGAAUUGUCCCUUUUAACUGCUGCCUUCCAUGAAGGACACAUUUAACUUGACAUUAACCUUAAAUCUUUCAGCUAUGCUGGACCAAUGUAACGCUACAACUUAGAGCCAGUUCCUCUUAAGAGCAGGCCCUUGCAGUGUUCACUAAAAUUACCAUAGGACCAUCCUGACCACAGGCGUGCAGCAAACUGGGAAGAUAUAGGAUAACAUGUACCAGAGUGCUCAUCAGAAGCUUCACUUUCAACCACAACAGUGAUUAAAAACAGAACAUAAGUUUGUUAUAAAAAGAAAGUUUGUUUCCUAGUUGCUUGUAUUCAAAUCCUUUCUUCUCUUCUGUCACCACAGGAAGUACUAUAGACGUUGCUGGGUGUGUUUCUUAGGUUGAUGAACUACUAUCAGCAUGAGAAGCAGCCUCUUUGCUCUUACCUUCAUUAGGUUCUCAUGUUGGCUUGAGAUCUAUCACUUGUUAAAGAUUCAGUAUUUCCAAACUCAGGUUGUGUAUUCCUCCUUCUCGGGAAUUUGGAUAGCCUUUAUUUCUUCUUUUUUUGCUAGAUCUCAGAUAUUUCCAGUAAUAAGCACAUAGACUGUCACACAAAGCUCAGUCAAAAGGGAUGUAUUUUGGAGACAUUACGGACCUAAGUAAUAUUUUUAUACUUACUGUAUGCAAUAUAAAUAGCUAUUUAUUAAAAGGCUACUCUCAUGAUUUUCUUGAAUAACCACCAAAGCUUGCAUGUAUAGUAACAGUCAUUUUGUAGAAAGCAAUAACUGGUAAUGGGGAAUAUUUUAACAACAUUGGAUUUGUGUUCACUGCAAUAUAUUUAAAUAAAUAUUUUCUAAUAAUUUAGAAACA